CGGGGGCGGCCGGGCGGCGGAGCAGCUACCUGUGUGGCCCGGGCGGCCGGGACCUGCCGGAGACAUCGCCAUGUGAAGGGGCAGACCCCGGCCGGCUCUCCACCCCGCCUCGCUCAAUGGGAGAUCUAGCUGCCUUCACACGGACCAUGCUCCCAAAGGCUGUAUGAUCAUUUCUGGUGACUGCCAGCUGAGGCUCACUGGGGCCAGUGCAGCAGAGCGGGAGGCCGAGGGGUUCCUGCUGCCCCUCGGGCAGAGAUACCGGCGUGUGGCCGACCCGCAGUGAGGUGCAGCUUCGGAAGCGAUCAGAGACGAGAGCCGCCGCGAGGUGCUCCGGACCCGGGGGGAAGCAGAGCGGUGGCAGCAUGGACAAGGACGGCACCAACCUGGCCGACCAGCAGUAUGAGUGCGUGGCUGAGAUCGGCGAGGGAGCCUACGGGAAGGUGUUCAAGGCCCGCGACCUGAAGAAUGGUGGCCGCUUCGUGGCGCUGAAGCGGGUGCGGGUGCAGACCAGUGAGGAAGGCAUGCCGCUGUCCACCAUUCGGGAGGUGGCCGUCCUGAGGCACCUGGAGACCUUCGAGCACCCCAACGUGGUCAGAUUGUUUGAUGUGUGCACCGUGUCACGAACAGAUAGAGAGACCAAGUUAACGUUGGUGUUUGAACAUGUGGAUCAAGACUUGACUACUUACUUGGAUAAAGUUCCAGAGCCUGGAGUGCCUACUGAAACUAUAAAGGAUAUGAUGCUUCAGCUGUUUCGGGGACUGGAUUUUCUGCAUUCACAUCGUGUGGUGCAUCGGGACCUGAAACCCCAAAAUAUCCUUGUAACCAGCAGUGGGCAGAUCAAGUUAGCUGACUUUGGCCUUGCACGAAUCUACAGUUUUCAGAUGGCUCUUACAUCAGUGGUUGUUACUUUGUGGUAUAGAGCUCCUGAAGUUUUGCUUCAGUCCAGCUAUGCAACACCAGUUGAUCUUUGGAGUGUUGGUUGCAUAUUUGCAGAAAUGUUCCGUCGAAAACCACUCUUCCGUGGAAAUUCAGAUGUUGAUCAGCUAGGAAAAAUCUUUGAUGUAAUUGGACUCCCAGAAGAAGAGGACUGGCCUAACGAUGUUGCCCUUCCAAGAAAUGCUUUUGCUUCCAGACCCGCACAACCUAUUGAAAAAUUUGUACCAGAUAUUGAUGAAAUGGGCAAAGACUUGCUUCUUAAAUGCUUAGCGUUCAAUCCAGCCAAGAGAAUAUCUGCCUAUGCUGCCCUGUCUCACCCAUAUUUCCAUGGUCUGGAGAAAUGCAAGGAGAAUCUGGACUCUCACAUGUCAUCCAGCCAAAACUCCAGUGAGGUGAACGCAUCACAAUGCUGACUGAAGAUGAACCUAUAAAUGAACAAGAUGUAGCUGACAAGGCCACUGUCCCAUACAAACCACAUGGCUGUUCUAGUGAAGAUCAUUGUUUGGAGGUUUUACACACUGUCUUUCGUUUUGGGAUUGCAAUGUGCUUAUCCAAGGAAAUCAACGUAGUUUACUUUCAUCAGAGCAAUGCAAGGGCCAGGGCUUUGGCCUGCUCCCAUUGCAGCUUUAUGUUUGUUUUGUUUUUGUCUUGUUUAUCUGCCUGGGAAAACUCCAGACGAAGAGAAGCUGCUGACCAGUUUUGCUGCCGUUUUAUCCUUCUAAAAUUGAAUGCUGCCAGUGUGGAGUAGGAUGAUCAAGUCACUGCCAAAACAGGAUACAAUCUCUCUAGCUGCUGAAGCAUGAUUUGGUACUUUUAUUAUGAUGGUGUGAUCUCUUAGAGUGAUAUUUAAAGAAUGGCAUUGAAGUAUCAGAUCUCUGCAACCUGCAGUUAACUGAUACAUACAUUAAUACAUCCAGCUACUGUGCACUCAUAGAAUACAUGCAGGUCCUUCCCCAGCUGAAAACUUGGAUGGAUUAUUUUGUUAUUUCAUCGC